CGGAGGAGGAGCAGAGGCGGCGUGCAGGAGGAGCGGAGGAGGCACGGAGGAGGAGGGGGCAGGUGGGGCGAAGGAGUGGAGGAGCCCCUCCUGAUCUCCACCUCCGUGUGACCUUCUUCCCCCGAUCCCCUUCCCUCUUUUCCUCCCCCCGAUCUCCAUCUGACCUCCUCCCUCCAUUCCGGCCUCCACCCGACUGCGGCUCGUUUUUUUUCAUUUCUUUCCGGUGGAUGUAAAUGCUGUAUUUCCUCUCUCUCUCUCUCUCUCUCUCUCUCUCUCUCUCUCUCUCUCUCUCUCUCUCUCUCUCUCUCUCCCCCCCACACCACCUUUUCCCAAUCUCUCCUGUUCGUUGGAUCCAUUGCCCUCACGGCAAAACUUCCGCAAAAGGCAUGAAAAAGCAGCUAUCCCGUAAUGGCAGACACAAUGAAACCGGCCGGAGGUGGUGCGGACGAGGCACGGAGGGGAGGCAGAGAAGCACAGAGGAGUGGAGGAGGCACGGGUGGAGCUGCGGAGGAGGUGGGACGGAGGAGCAGAGAAGCUGCAGAGGACGGGGGAAGGAGGAGCGGAGAAGCUGCAGAGGAGGAGGGGUGGAGCCUCGGAGGAGCGGAGAAGCUGCGGAGGAGGGCGGGAGGAGGUGCGGAGGAGCAGAGAAGCGGCAGAGGAAGGGGGGAGGAGGGGUGGAGGAGCGAAGAAGAUGUGGUGGAGGGGGGGAGGACAGGAGGAGCAGAGAAGCUGCAGAGGAUGAGAGGGGGAGGAGGGGAGGAGAGGACAAGAGGCACAGCGGAGAAGCUGCGGAGGAGGAGGGGCGGAGGUGCGGAGAAUGGCGGAGGAGCGGGGGAGGAGGGGUGGAGGAGCGGAGAAGCUGCGGAGGAGCAGAGGAGGAGCAGCUGUAGAGGUGGGCCUGAGGAGGAGCGGAGGAACAGCGGAGGAGCAGCGGAGGAGCAGCGGAGGAGCAGCGGAGGAGCAGCGGAGAAGGAUGGGCAGAGGAGUGGAGGAGGCAUGGAGGAGGAGCAUGGGAGGAGAGGAGGAGCGGAGGGGGCGCACAGGAGCGGAGGAGCAGUGGGGAAGGUGCAGAGAGGGAGCCCAGGAGGGGAGAAUAUGCAGAGGACGACGGGCAGAGGGGGUCCAGAGGAGCGGAGAAGCAGUGGAGGAGCAGCGGAAGAAGCGCAGAGGAUUAGCGGAGGAGGAGGGGCAGAGGAGCGGAGGGGAGUGGACGUCGAGUGGGGGAGCAGCGGAGGCGGCGUGGAGGAUGAGCGGGGCAGGAGGGGCAGAGGGGAGGAGGAUGAGCGGAGGAGGAGGAACAGGGGAGGGGAGGCGCAGCGAAGGAGAGGCACAGAGAAGCUGCAGAGGAUGAGUGGGGGAGGAGGGGCGGAGGCGCGAAGGAUGAGCGAAGGAGAUGGGGUGGAGGAGCAAAGAACCUACACGGGAGGCGCGGAGGAUGAGCCGGGGAGGGGCAAAGGAGAUGAGGAGGGUGGAGACGACCCAGGAGGGGUAUCCCCAUAUGUAGCCCCGUCAUUGGUUGCUAUCGUUUCCCUGGGCAUGCCGCUGUCAGGAGGGGUAUCAGCAGGGACUACUUUGCAUGUUCCUGUACAGACAGUGUUCACUCAAAGUCCGUCGCAGGUUGCAGUCACCACGCAGCCUGCUGUCUCGCAGCCUUUGCAGCCUCAGGGCACGCAGCCCCAGCAGCUAGCACCGCAACCUGUGUCACCGGGUCCACAGCCCGGAGUGAUGCAGGGACCGGGACAGACUCGGUGGGUUCCAAAGACGGCCAUCGCCGCUCCCAAGCCUUUUACAGGGGACAAGAGAGGCGAAGACCUCGACACAUGGUUGAGGGCAGUGCCGGUCUACGUCAGGUGUAAACUGACCUUACCGCACGAAGAAGUGCUUGUGGCUGCUUCCUACCUAGAGGGUAGUGCAGCAAGAUGGUUGAGUGGCUUAGUACAACUCCAGGGGUAUGGUCAUGACUUCCGCGCUUGGGCGGCCUCCCAGAAAUUGGAGGACUUCCUGAAGAUGGUGGAAGAGACGUGGCAUGAUCCUCAAGAGGCCCGAAGGGCCACUGAUGCGAUCCUUACACUGCACACACGGCAGUUUAAGUCAGUAAGGGAAGCCACCGACGCUGUUAAGCGUCUGAUCUGUGUCCCAGGUGUGCGCUAUGACCCCCAGGUCCUGCUGACUUCGUACUUGAGACGCUUUUCACAGCCUCUCAGGAACCAGUUGGCAAAAGAGGCCAAUAUCAACAUGCACAACUUUCCUUCGUUUAGCAAGGUGGCCCUAGACCUUGAGGCUAACAUAGGGCAUGGACAGGCACCCACUACGGAUGGGAGGAAGAAGACACUGCCUCCUAACUGGAAAGCGAAAGGUCGCUUGAUGUUUGUCGACAACGAUGGUUCAACCAUCGAGUUGGACGGCAACUUCCAGGAAGGAGUAGGUUCAAAGGCAGGCAGCGUAGACGCUUCAGAGGGUGGAGUAGUCGCUGCCGUUUCUCAAAAAGGAAAGGCGACCGGCAGACGCUGCGGAGGCUCCCGGUCUAGGAGUCAAGUUGACCCCAAUGCUCCUCCAUGGGAGAAAGCGGGUCUUACAAAGGACGUGUGGAGAGACCGUUACUCACGGCAGGCCUCUAUUCGUUGUGGUCAAUAUGGCCACAUCCAAUUCAAGUGCCACAACAAGAAAGUGACGGAAAAGAUCCCGCCUACGAUGGGGCAGGUGUUGGGAUCCUCUCAACCCGUUGGUAGCAAUGUUGCCAACACUUCAGGCAGCGAGCUUGAUGAGCUUCGCCGCCAACUCAAGGAACUCGUAAAGAAGGGUUGGAUCCGGCCGAGUGUCUCUCCUUAUGGGUCUCCAGUUCUAUUCGUGCCUAAGAAGAAGGAAGGUACUUUUAGGAUGUGCAUUGACUAUAGGGGCCUCAAUGCCAUCACUGUAAAGAACAGAGAGCCCCUACCUCGCAUCGACAAUCUGCUAGAUAGAGUGCAAGGGUGUCGGUACUUCAGUAAAAUAGAUCUGAAGUCCGGGUACCAUCAGAUUGCAAUCGGGCCCGAGGAUCAACACAAAACCGCCUUUCAGACCAGGUACGGUCUGUACGAGUUUGUGGUGAUGCCUUUCGGCCUUUGCAAUGCUCCUGGCACCUUUCAGCACGCUAUGAAUUGGAUAUUCCAUGACUACUUAGAUAAGUUUGUCAUCGUGUACCUCGAUGACAUACUUAUUUUUAGUAAGACUUUCGAAGAGCACGUUGCACAUUUGGACAAAGUCCUCAGCCUCCUGCGACAGCACAAUUUCAAGAUCAACUGUGAGAAGUGCGAGUUUGGCCGCACCCGUGUCUUGUACUUGGGUCAUGAGAUUUCCGCGGAAGGGUUGAAACCCAAUGACGCGAAGGUGGUCAGCAUUCGUGAUUGGCCACGUCCUCAGUCUGUGACUGAGAUGAGAUCUUUCUUAGGAAUGACAGGCUACUAUAGGACUUUCGUUAAGAACUAUAGCAUAGUGGCCACUCCUUUGACUGAUCUGACCCGCCUUAACACCCCAUGGGAGUGGACAGAUGAGUGUGAGGCUGCGUUCAGGCAUGUGAAGCAUGCGUUGACGCACUACGAGGUCUUGAAACUUCCUGAUCCUGACAAGCCGUUCAUAGUCACCACGGAUGCCAGCCAAUAUGGCAUUGGCGUCGUGCUCGCGCAACAGGAGGGGCCAAAGUUGAGGCCAGUAGAGUACAUGUCCAAGAAAAUGCCGUCUCAGAAGUUGGCUAAGUCCACCUAUGAGAAGGAACUCUAUGCGGUGUACAAGGCUCUCACCCAUUGGAGACACUAUCUCCUUGGGAGACCGGACUUUUCAGGUGCGCUGAUUAUUGAGUUCGAUCUGACGAACAAUGUUACUCAGUCUCUGGUGGAAGCCUAUCGCGAGGACCAGUUUAUGUCUGAGAUCGUACGCAGACUUGAGGCGAAGGACAAGAAGACUUCCGCCGAGUUUGAGUUGGUCAAUGGCUUGCUGUUCCUGGAGAAGGCAAGGAAUAAACGCUUGUGUGUUCCAAAUAGCGAGUCUUUGCGUAGUUUGUUUUUAGGAGAGUUUCAUGAUGCCACCGGUCAUUUUGGGUAUAAGAAGACCGCAGCCAACUUGGUGCAGCGGUUCUGGUGGCCCACGAUGAUGCGAGAUGCCCAGUUGUAUAUGGAGACUUGUCAAGUUUGUCAACGGGACAAGCCACGUACUCAGGCUCCUCUUGGGCUUCUGAAGCCCCUUUCGGUUCUGGAACGGCCUGGUGAGAGUCUGUCCAUGGAUUUCAUGGAUACUCUGAUCACCAGCAAGAGUGGGAUGUGUCACAUCUUCGUCAUCGUGGAUAGAUUUAGUAAGUAUGCUAGGUUAGUAGCCAUGCCGGAAACAGCAAAGACGGAGUACGUGAUCAGAAUGUUCAAAGAAAACUGGGUUAGAGACUUUGGUUUACCAAAGUCUAUUGUCAGUGAUAGGGAUGUCAGGCUCACUAGCGAGUUGUGGAAGGCCGCUGCUGCAGAGCAGGGCACUCAGUUGCAAAUGACUUCUGGGAAUCACCCUGAGGCCAACGACCAGACCGAGCAACUGAACCGCGCUGUACAACACCUGUUGAGGCAUUACAUCAAGCCCAACCAGGUGGACUGGGAUGAGAAGCUUGCUCUCAUCGCCAGUCUGUACAACAAUGUGGUACACAGCGCCACCGGGGUGAGCCCGAACAGUUUGCUAUUGACUUUCAAGCCUAGACUACCCUUAGAUUUUCUCCUUCCUGAGAAUCAGUCAACUGCUGCACUAGGUACUUUAGAAUUUGCUUACUGUUAUGAACAGAAGAUGCAGCAGGCUGUAGAACAAAUGCAAAAGGCACAGGCAGCAAUGAUAGAGUCUGAAAACAGACACCGCUGGCCUUCUACAUUUCAGGUUGGGGAUAGGGUCUGGGUUAAGUCUUCACAACUGGGACAGGAGUACGGGAUCUCCCGCAAACUAAUGCCCCAGUACUUUGGACCUUGGGAAGUCUUGGACAUCGUCGGGACAGAUCCAGAUGGGCCAUCUUACGUUAUCCGGAUUCCUGGUCAUCUCUGUACUUACCUUGUCUUUCACGCCUCCAAGCUGGCACCUUUCAAAGAGACUAUUCAGUUUCCAUCUCGUCGCUCAAUGCUGCCCCCAACCAUGGACGAAGAGUGGACAUCGAUGAUAUUGUGGAUCACAGAGAGCUGCCCGUAUCAAGACCCGCAGGGCACGGUCAGGCCUCGCAGCAUAGAGGCCGACCUCUGCCCACCGGUACAAAAGUACCGGUCCAGCCUCAGUSAGGCUAUCGACCUACCGGCAUUCUACCGGUACGGUGUUUUCAAUGGGCCGGACACGAUCAGUAGCACGGUGGCCACCAUCAAGACGGACAUCACCAAGCUGCAGACGAAACCGGACGCCACUACGAAGAACUACAAGAUGCCGCACUUCGACAUCAGCAAGUUCGACGACCACAACAAGACGGACGCUUUGGCAUGGUGGCAACGUUUCCUCACGGAAGCAUCCUACCGCACUGUCCCGGACGACUAUCUGAUGAAGGCGUUAUACUUACAGCUGAUUGGAGGAGCGCAGGCAUGGAUGAACCAUCUGGCGGCUACCCAUACAUGCACCAUCGCCGAACUUCACACGCACAUUACGUGGAAGGAUUUCGAGAAACUAUGGUUCACCCGGUUCAUGGUCCACAACGUCAUGAAGGCAGCCAUGAACGAGGUGUACACCUGCUCUCAAGGGAGUAUGCCAACUCGAGACUGGACAACCAAGUGGCAGAAGAUAGUGACCACGCCAGGCUUCGAUUUGAGCUUUCCAAAUCGACGAUCCGAGUUCUUCUCGCGAUCGUGCGCAGGAUUGCGGUCGGCACUCGGUAACGAGUACGACUAUACCUCGUUCCAGGCUAUCCUGGAUCGCGCAAACCUGGUCAUCCAAACGGACGACAAGGCCGCUACGAGAAACACUCCCAGCCACAUUAUGUGGCCAAGCAGGGCUAUCAACUAUAGAGACGUCUUCGAGGCUCCCACCGGAACGGUUCUGGAUCGGCCCAUACGUCACGGGAUCACUCUCGAGGCUGGCACCGUCCCUCAGCGUGGAUGUAUCUACCGCAUGAGCGAAGAGGAACUCGAGGUGCUUCGCGCACAACUCGAUGACCUUCUCGACAAGGGCUGGAUUCGCCCUAGUUGCUCGCCAUACGGUCCCCCUGUUCUCUUUGUCCGGAAGAAGAACAAAGAUCUACGGCUAUGCAUCGAUUAUCGGAAACUUAACGCACAAACCGUAAAGAACGCCGGCCCUCUCCCUCGGAUUGAUGAUCUUCUUGAGCGGUUAGGCGGCGCGACGUACUUCUCGAAGUUGGACUUGAAGUCAGGUUACCACCAGAUUGAAAUCCAGCCUCAAGACCGGUACAAGACCGCGUUCAAGACGCGGUACGGGCAUUUUGAGUGGGUUGUCAUGCCCUUUGGCCUCACCAAUGCCCCCGCGACUUUCCAAGCAGUGAUGACGACUGAGUUUUGCGACUUUCUCGAUCGCAGUGUCCUCAUCUACCUUGAUGACAUCUUGGUUUACAGUAGGACGCUGGACGAACACAUCAUACACCUUCGCGUUGUUCUGGAUCGUUUGCGACUAGCCAAGUACAAAGCGAAUCUCGACAAGUGCGAAUUCGCCAAGCAAAAGCUUGAGUACUUGGGUCAUUUUGUCACGCCGAAAGGCAUUCGUCCCUUAGUGGACAAGAUCCAAGCCAUCGUGGAUUGGCCGGAACCCCGUUGCACGACGGAUGUACGCUCUUUCAUGGGUUUGGCUGGAUAUUAUCAGCGAUUCGUCGAGUCAUACUCAAAAGUGGCCGCUCCUUUAUCAAGACUUCAGUCCUCGAAGGUGCCCUUCGAGUUCGACGACGCAGCCCGUGGCGCGUUCACUACGUUGAAGGCAGCGAUGCAAGCCGCACCUGCCCUCCGUAUAUACGACCCCACCCUUCCCACCCCAGUGACUACGGACGCUUCGGGAUACGGUAUUGGCGCGGUGUUGGAACAGUGUCACGAGGACGGUUGGCAUCCGGUCGAGUAUUUCUCCCAAAAGGUGCCUCUCAUAAACACUCUCGACGACGCUAGAAAGAAAGAGCUACUCGCGUUCGUUGCCGUUCUCAAACGGUGGCGCCACUUUCUUCUCAGUCGUCGGCGUUUUAAAUGGAAUACGGACAACAAUCCGUUGACCUUUUACAAAACGCAGGAUACGGUCACUAGCACGAUCGGUCGAUGGAUGUAUUACAUCAACCAGUUCGACUUUGACCCGUGCCACAUUCCCGGUCCCGCCAAUCGAGCUGCGGACGCCCUCUCACGACGGCCUGACUUUUGUGCCAUUGUGACCAUGGCAUUCGACCUCGAUGACGAUCUGCAGCCGCAUUUCGUCAAAGGCUACAAGUCCGAUCCGACUUACUCUACGAUUUACGCGGAGCUUUCAUCGGAUCACCCGCCGGCUAGCCACUAUCGGAUUUCCGAUCGGUUCCUUCUCCUUCACACGAGAGGAAAGGACUUGUUAGUUGUGCCCCAAGAACGCAUCUUACGGACUCGUCUUCUGGGCGAAGUCCACGACGCAUGACUUUCGGCACACCUUGGCGUGAACCGCACAYUAGCACGCCUCCGCCAGCGUUAUCACUGGCCCGA